AGAGUGAAAGAGAGAGAGAAAGGAGUACUCGAGGCGAGGAGCGAAAAAGAAGGAUCAAAAUAAUACGAGGGAAAGAAUAUACGUAUAUCGAGGGAAGAGAGAGAGAGAAGAAGAGUGAACUAUGUUACAAGUCGUCGUCGUCGUGCCGCUCGGUCUCGCCUGAACAAAGGAAGAUUCUUCUCCCUCGGCUCGCCGCGUCGAGGGUCGUUUCCGAUCGACGAACCGUCGGGAUCCUUCCUCGGCCGUCUUCGGCCCGGUUCGUGCGCCUCGAGCGCACACGAAGCGGUCAGUCACGUAGCAGCGGCCGAGGCGUGAGGAACAAAGGACGGCGAUCCGCAGGAUCCGUGCGAGAACGAGAGGUGGAAGAAACAGCGCGAUACAAUAUUGUUCAUAUAUUUUGCGAGCAUGGUGUAAACAAUCACCUUCGCUCGCACAUAUACUUGUAAUACCGAUAUAUAUAUAUAUAUUCCGAAAGAAAGAACGCGCCCAGAAUUUUGCGACAGGAAGAGAGAGAGAGGAAGUUCGUCGAAUUGUGUGCAUUGUGUUUCGCUUUUUUUUUAUAUUUUUCUAUCCUGACGAUUUUUCUCUCCCAGUGUAAGGGAGGAAAAAGAAAACGGAAAGAGAAAGAAAGGAAAAGCAGUGACGUAUCUGUCUGUCGGACAUUCUCCGUAUCAAAAGAACGCGAUUUGUGAGUGAGUGAGAUAAAGAAGGAUCGAGACCCGAAUCUCCUGGCGGUAUAUGUGUCCGUACCUGCUUUUACCUGUCUGCGUGACGAACCGGCGACCUAACCUAACGGCAACGACACAUUCGGAGAAGUGCGCGCGAGAAGAAUCGGAGGGAGUUCUCUUGUGCAUAAAAGGGAGGAGAGAAAGAGAGAGAAAGGACCGAAAGUGAAAAAGGGUAAGCGACCUUCCUUCGGAUUCUCUCCGCCGUCCGUUUAACGACGUCGUUGGUUUUUCGUUGUGACAUGUGCCGCAGAGUGUACUACGACUGAAAAGAGAGGAACCUCCGGAAGCGCAAUACGUUAUUCGGCAGCACACGGAUUAUCCUCGUAUUUACGGGAUGCCGGUUGACUGAAGAUGGCCUCGCCGACACCCUCGCUGGAAUCGCGCGCAAAUUCCCUCGGGUCCCCAGUCUCGCUGUCCCCUGUAACAGUGAGCGGCAGCUCGCCGCCUGCUAGCGAUUCGGCGAUCUGCGACGUCGACAGCUGCGAUUUGUGCCUGGACGCGCCGAAGUCGGGCGAGGAUCCGUGCCCACGCUGCCGACUGGGUAGCACCGGCGGCACCGGUCGCACUCGUUGCACCGGCUGCAAGUCCAGCGAGGCGGACGCCGUUGCGCGUUGCUACAACUGCGACCAGUUUCUCUGUCCGAAUUGCGUGAUGGCGCAUCAGUAUAUGCUCUGCUUCGAGGGCCAUCGGGUGCUGAAUCUGGCGGACUCCAAGCUGGAGACCGUCGGCAGCAGCGGCGGCGGUAGCAACGGCGGCGGAGGAGGAGGAGGCGGUGGUGGUGGCGGCGGUGGUAGCAUAAUCACCGGGACGACGGAACUACCACCUAAGAGCACCACUUGCAACGGCGGUGGCGGAGGAGGUGGCGGUAACAGCCUGGUGAUCAACGGCGGUAGCGCCAACAACGGCAACAACAGCGAGAAGGUGCACUUUUGCGCGCGACAUAAGCAGGAAAUAAUCAAGUACUUUUGCCGAAGCUGCACCGUACCAAUAUGCAAGGAGUGCACGCUGACGGAGCACACAGCGCCGUUGCACGACUGCGCCCACAUCUCAGACGUGGGUGCCCAACAGAUCGAAGGACUGGCGCGGAUGGUUCAGGAGUGCCGUGCGAAGGCGGUGGACGCUCGCGCGGCCGUGAAAGCGGCGGAUCACAGCGCCGCGGUGCUGCAGGUGCAGUAUCACAAGGCGCAGAACGAGAUCAACGAUACGUUUCAAUUCUAUCGGUCGAUGCUGGACGAGCGGAAGCAGGAACUCUUGAAGGAGCUCGACUCGGUAUUCUCGACCAAGCAGAUCUCCCUUAACGUGAUCGGGCAACGCGCCAACGAGAUGGCGGACAAGAUUAUACAGACCUGCGACUUCGUUGAGCGCGUGACCAAGGUUACCACCAUAACCGAUUUCCUCAUGGUGAAGAAGAUCUUCGAGUCCAAACUCCAGACGCUACUCAAUUACACGCCGAACACGGACAUAGCCAAUCAGACCGCGGACCUCGAGUUCGUCAGCAAUUUCCAGGCGAUACAAGUAGGCGUGAGAAAUACCUUCGGUUACGUACGGAGUAGUAGUAAUAGCGAAAACAGCGCCGGCUCGAUCGGCAAGCAACCGCCGAUCGCGCGACCAACCGCCUUGUCGAGCAACGGUAUCGGCAGCGGCGGCAGCAACAUCAGCAACGGACCGGGAAGCGGCGCGGGCUCCUUAGGUGGUCUCCUGUUGGAUCGUACUUACAGUAACGGCCUGAUCUCUUCCAGUAUGAAUUGCGGCUCGUCCUCGUCACCUUCGUCGAUCGACACCAUCAGCACCGUGAUUUCGAAACGCUUUAGUUCGGCCAACAGCUUAGGCCCAUUCUCCACCACGAUCAGCGACGUUAAUCUGAACGGCAUGAACGCCAAUCCGUACGAGAAGUGGAGUAACGGCGGUAGCGACACUUAUCCAGUUGUAACGACGAACGAUCACUUUGCAAUGCCGGCAGUAGCCGUGGCGGCGAACAACGCGCCUGGUGAUUCCGUCCUCGACCUAACAUCAAAGCUGAUGUCCGCUACUGCGAUAUUCCCGCCCAAAUCGCAGAUCAAACGGCAGAAAAUGAUUUAUCACUGCAAGUUUGGCGAGUUCGGCGUAAUGGAGGGUCAAUUUACGGAACCGUCGGGCGUCGCGGUGAACGCGCAGAACGACAUCAUCGUUGCCGACACGAACAACCAUCGCAUUCAGAUCUUCGACAAGGAGGGCAGGUUCAAAUUUCAAUUCGGCGAGUGCGGUAAACGCGACGGUCAACUGCUUUAUCCAAAUCGCGUCGCCGUAGUGAAGACUUCCGGCGACAUUAUUGUCACGGAACGUUCGCCGACUCAUCAGAUACAGAUCUACAAUCAGUACGGUCAGUUUGUGCGUAAAUUUGGCGCAAACAUCCUCCAACAUCCGCGCGGCGUCACCGUCGACUCGAAGGGACGCAUCGUCGUAGUGGAGUGCAAGGUUAUGCGCGUCAUCAUCUUUGAUCAAACUGGCAACGUUCUGCAAAAGUUUGGAUGUUCGAAGCAUCUCGAGUUCCCGAACGGCGUGGUGGUGAACGACAAACAAGAGAUAUUCAUCAGCGACAAUCGCGCUCACUGCGUCAAGGUUUUCAAUUACGAGGGCGCCUACCUGCGACAGAUCGGCGGCGAGGGCAUUACCAAUUAUCCCAUUGGCGUGGGCAUCAAUACUCACGGCGAGAUACUGAUAGCGGACAAUCAUAACAACUUCAAUCUGACCAUCUUCACGCAAGACGGCCAACUGGUCUCGGCUCUCGAGAGCAAGGUCAAGCACGCGCAGUGUUUCGAUGUGGCGUUAAUGGACGACGGCUCGGUGGUGCUCGCCAGCAAGGACUAUCGGCUGUACAUAUACCGUUACGUGCAGGUGCCGCCGAUCGGCAUGUAGAGCAGCGACGCGUCACGACGACGACGAUGAUCGUCGUGCGCCAGUGUCAACAUUUGUCAUCGUAUCAUCAUCACCAUCACCACCACUACCACUACCACUACCACCACCACUAC